GCGGGAGACGCAGUGAGAGAAGGAGGAGGAGGACGAGGGAAACCGGAGGAUUGACGGCUCUCCUAACGCGGUUGGUGGUCCAAACUCUUCCUAGCCCAGCAUGGCUGCGUCACUGUGGUUCGUGGGGGUGUGUGCACUCGCCCUGGCUCACGUUGCCCCCUCUGGCCAAGCUAUGUCCCGGGCCGCCAUGCCGUUCGGGCUGCUGCGCAGGGAGCUUGCGUGCGAGGGUUACCCCAUAGAGCUGCGCUGCCCAGGAAGUGACGUGGUGAUGGUGGAAACGGCCAAUUACGGACGCACCGAUGACAAGAUCUGUGACGCAGACCCCUUCCAGAUGGAGAACACACAGUGUUACCUCCCUGACGCACUCAAGAUUAUGUCCCAGAGGUGUAACAACAGGACUCAGUGUGUGGUGGUCGCAGGGGUCGACGUCUUCCCAGACCCCUGUCCAGGAACAUACAAGUACUUGGAGAUCCAGUAUGAGUGUGUCCCUUACAAAGUGGACCAAAAAGUUUUCGUGUGUCCUGGCUCGCUGCUCAGCAUCCAGCCGGCCUCCUCGCUCCUGGAGGCGGAGCAUCAGUCGGGGGCUUGGUGCAAAGACCCCCUACAAGCUGGUGACAGACUGUACGUCAUGCCGUGGACGCCGUACAGAACAGAGGUGCUGUAUGAGUAUGCCUCUUGGGACGACUACCGGCAAAACAGAGUCACCACCACCUAUAAGUUGCCCAGCCGAGUGGAUGGUACAGGCUUUGUGGUGUAUGACGGCGCCGUAUUUUAUAACAAGGAGCGAACGCGCAACCUGGUCAAGUACGACCUGCGGACUCGCAUCAAGAGCGGCGAGGCAGUGGUGGUCAAUGCCAACUACCAUGACACUUCGCCUUACCGCUGGGGAGGGAAGUCGGACAUCGAUCUGGCCGUGGACGAGAACGGCCUUUGGGUUAUCUAUUCCACCGAGGCCAAUAAUGGACGCAUUGUGGUCAGCCAGGUGAACCCCUACACUCUGCGAUUUGAAGGCACGUGGGCCACCGGCUUUGACAAACGUGGGGCGAGCAACGCCUUCAUGGCCUGCGGUGUGCUGUACGCCGUGCGCUCCGUCUUUCAGGACGACGAGGGACAGGCGGAUGGCCGAGCCGGCAGCAACAUGGUGGUUUACGCCUACGACACCAGCCGCGGACAGGAGCUGCCUGUACAGAUCCCCUUCCCCAAUCCCUACCAGUACAUCUCCUCCAUAGACUACAACCCCAGAGACAACCAGCUGUACGUGUGGAACAACUACUACGUGCUGAGAUACCCGUUACAAUUCACUCCGCCACCACCUACUAAAGGGCCCCUGUCCUCCCUGAUGACGACGGUUCGUUCCUACACGGCGACGGUGGCCUUGACCCCGGUGCGACCCUCGGCCUCACACCCCAUCGGCGUCAUCAACAGAGGGCCCUUUGACCAGCGGCCCAUCACAGCCAUGGUCCCUUUAACCCCUCGCCCUCCUCUGCGGGUCCCCUUGGCCCCCGGGGGUCCCGGUCAGGUGGGCGGAUGUGAGAGCCGGGUGGCGCGAGGGGUGCAGUGGCCCCCCACCCUGAAGGGAGAGACGGUGGAGAGGCCGUGUCCUAAAGGCUCUCUGGGUAUCGCCUCCUAUCAAUGCAUGUCGUCUCCGGUGGGAUGGAACUCCAGAGGGCCUGACCUUUCCAACUGCACCUCUCCCUGGGUCAGCCAAAUUGCACAGAAGAUUAAGAGCGGAGAGAAUGCGGCCAACAUCGCCGGGGAGCUGGUCAACUUGACCCGGGGGCGGAUCUAUGCCGGUGAUGUCAGCAUGUCCGUCAAGCUAAUUGAACAGCUGCUGGACAUCCUGGACUCUCAGCUUCAGGCCUUGAGACCCGCCAAUAAAGAGCCGGCAGCGCGCAAUUACAACAAGCUGCAGAAGAGAGAGCGCACGUGCAAAAACUAUGUUCAGGCGGUGGUUCAGACGGUGGACAACCUGCUGGGUCCUGAGGCUCUGGUGUCCUGGGCUGACAUGAGCAGUGUUGAACAGUCGCGCUCUGCAUCUUUACUAUUAGACGCAGUAGAAAAAGGAGCGUUUCUGUUGGCUAACAAUCUCUACGAAGGUCGCUUCAGUGACAGGGCACCAAAUGUUGAUCUGGAGGUGUAUGUACUAAACACAGAAGCAGACAUACAGGACUUGACGUUUCCUCACUCCUACGACAGCGACAGCAUCCUACAGAUAUCAGCCCUGGCCCUGCAACAGUACAGCAACAAUGGCCAAGUGAAGCUGGUCCUUUCACUCUAUAAGAACCUGGGCUCCUUCCUGACCACCCAGAACUCGACCUUGCGGCUGGGACUGGGCCUCGGUCAGGGGUCAGAGGUCAGACGAAGGAGCCUGGUGGUCAACUCUCACGUCAUCUCCGCCUCUGUGCACAGAGGGUCCAACAGAGUGUAUCUCACUGAGCCAGUGAUCUUCACUCUCAGGCACCUGCAGCUGGAGAACCACUUUGGUCCCAAUUGUUCUUUCUGGAAUGCAUCGGGGGUUUCUGGGAGUGGCAGGUGGUCCACACAGGGCUGCCGCCUGUUACACACAAACAACACACACACUACUUGCGCCUGCAACCAUCUGUCCAGCUACGCUGUUCUCAUGACGUACCAGCAACCCGCUUUCGGGGGCGGCGUGGAAGAGCUCCUGGUCUAUGUGGUUUCUUGGGUCGGCAUCUCCGUGGCCGUGUUGUGUUUGUCCACCUGCCUUACCACCCUGUGCUGCCAGGGGGCACCGUGGCACACCGACCACAGCACCAUCCACUGCAACCUGUGGGCCAACCUGCUGGUCACUGAGCUUGUCUUCCUCGUCGGUGCCAACAAGACCCAGUACACUGUCCUGUGCUCCAUCACCGCCGGCCUGCUGCACUUUUCUCUGCUCUCGGUGUUUUGCUGGUUGUUUCUGGAGGGGGUGGAGCUGUACCUGCUGCAGCGGGAGGUGUUCGAAGGACGCAACUCCAGGAGGAAGUACUUCUACCUGUGUGGAUACUCUGUUCCUGGCCUGGUGGUGGCCGUGUCCGCAGCCAUCGACUUCAGAGGCUACGGCUCCAAAACGGCAUGUUGGUUACGCGCUGACAAUUACUUCAUCUGGAGUUUCCUCGGACCUGUAGCUGUCAUCAUUACGCUGAACCUGGUUGUUUUGGUGAUGACCUUACAUAAGAUGCACAGCACGGCAGCUUUGAAGCCCGACUCCAGUCGCCAUGACAACCUGAGGGCGUGGGCGGUGGGCUCCCUGACGCUGCUCUUCCUGCAGAGCGUCACCUGGUCGUCGGGCCUGAUGUUUCUGUCCUCUCCGUCCCUCCUCCUGGCUUAUCUCUUCUCCUCACUCAACACUGCCCAGGGCCUCCUCAUCUCCAUCCUGCACUGCACCCUCGCCAGGAAGGGUCAGAAGGAUUAUGGCCGCUGCCUGCGCCUCUCCCAGUGCUGUGCCCCUUCGUCGUCCAGCUCUCCGGACUCGGUGAAAGGCGCUGCCCUCCGAUCCAACAGCCGCUACACCAGCAGCCAGAGCCGCAGAGCCACCGCCAACAGACAGAGUCGCAUCAGAAGGAUGUGGAAUGACACUGUUCGCAGACAGACUGAAUCCUCUUUUAUUGCUGCGGACGUUAACAACACUCCUACUCUUAAUCGAGCUGCUCUGGGGAACCACUUCCUUACCAACCAAGUGUUGCAGACUCAUGCUGGAGCUUCUCCUUACGACACAAUGCUGGCGCAGGGAUACAACCAACCCUUCACCUCCACAGAGGGCGUUGUGUCGCAGAGCCAAGAGUCUUGUGGUUUGGACAGCGUUUGUCUCAACGGAGGCUACACCCCCAACACCUUCACCCUGCACGGUCUGGGGACAACACCAGGGUCCCGAGCCGGAGUGGUGGGCAGCACUGACCUUCUGAGGGAGGGAGGAGUCGGGAUGGGAGGUGACGACAUCUCCCCAGCCCUCCUCACGCCGCACGGGGCCUCCGAUCUGAGCAGCGGUGCCGGGAUGCGUCGCAAUCUGUCUGACGCCGCAGCGCUGGAGAAGAUGAUCAUCUCGGAGCUGGUGCAGAGCAACCUGAGGCCCUCGGUUCCGAUGCCCGUUCCCCCCGAACGCUACGGGAGCCUGGCGAGGCCGCACCACCACGACAGGGUGGCCCUCACUCACACUGCCACUUUAACUCGACACGCACAACCACCCCAAGAGGGCUGGGCUGCCACCAUGCAGCCGAACACACGCCACAACGCACAAGAGGGCUGGCCGCACACGAGGCACCACACACAAGACACUGAGACACAUUCCACAACACGUGGGCAAGAUCACGCCACAACGCCGCGCCUACAAGACGGCUGGUCGCGUGUUGCUGGAGAUUCGGAGUCCCGUGAGCUGCUUAAAGACGGGGACCGGUCGCAGCUGCAAGGCACUCUGGGCCGCCGUGGGCUCCAGGAGAGGCAGCAGGCGAGACCCCCUGAUGUUCAAGCUCGGCCCUACUCCACCCUCAGCCGAACCCCUGGUACUCUGUCCCGCCACCGCAGCACAACAGAGGCCAGCGCAGCGACGGACAGAGACAGAGAGAGAGACAGGGAGAGGGAGCGAUACCGGGACAGGCCUCUCCCACCUCCUCCCCCACCUCCCCCACAGGAGUCGGAGCCCCUGUACAAAGCUCUGGAGGAGCCGCUGCUGAUGAAGCAGAGGGAGGCAGGCGUGGAGACGUGGAGGGGCGGCCAGGACAGGGAGAAGGACGAGACGUUUCUAUUAAAGAGAGAUGGAAUGAUAGAUGAAUGGAGGGGAGGAGCUGAGAGGGGGAGAGACGAGUCUUUUACCUCUCAGAAGAGAGACGGAGAGAUGGAUGAAUGGAGGGGCGGCAUGGAGAGAGGGAGGGAGGAAUCUCACGUCCUGGAGAAGAGGGAUGGAAGGAUGGAGGUGUGGCGAGGAGCAGAGACGGAGCAGGAGGAGACUUUUAUAACUCAGAAGAAAGAUUUCGGGAUUGACGGAUGGAGAGGAGGGAUGGAGAGAGAGAAAGAUGAAUCCUUGUUUUUGAAGGACAGAGACGGUUGGAGGGCAGGGAUCGAACGAGAGAAUGAGAAGCAGAAGGAUCGAGCGCUGGAUGUGUGGAGAGGAGGGAUGGAUAUAGACAGGGAGGAAUCGUUCCUGUUUGACAGCAAAGACGGAGGUCUAGAUGGCAGGAAAAGAGCAAAAGAAAGAGGGUCCCUUCGGUUUCACGGCGAACGAGAGGAUUCCGACAGCUUCACUCUGCCUUUGACCCCUGACCUCGACCUCGACCCUGACUCCUCGCCGAUCUACGCCCGAGAUUCCAACCCGUCGCCGCUCUACCCCGGCGACCGCCGCUCGCCGCCGCUCAGCAUCUUCCCGCGAAGCUCUCCGCCGACAAACAUCUUCGCCCCACGAGAGUCAAACUCGCCUCCCAACAACCUCUACUCCCGCCACUCCCCGCAGGUGUACAGCCGCAGCAGCUCCCCUCCUCGCUUCUACACCCGAACCUCCCCGCCGACCCUCUCGUACCCGGACAGCAGCCCCGAAGGUCCAGAAGAAGUCAGCCCCACCGGUCAGCCGCAGAGGCCCGCCCUGGAGCUGCCCUACAGCCUGGGCCGACCCCCGCUGGGCCCGCGGCCAAAUCACCUGCAGACCUUCUACCAGCCGCCGCCGCUGGCAUCCAACGGAGACGCAGGGUACACAGCAGAGCCCACCUCUGAGGGAGACGACGGACAGAUGCAGCGGGUGACGAGCCUGUGACUAGGGCGGUGGUGAUUGGGGCAUAGAAACCAGGGAGGAGGAGGAAGAUGGUGAUAACAACAACACAUAGUGACGAUCAAACCGACGGAAAACGAUGACGAUUGUGAUGAAAAAGAGGAUAAUGAUGAUGGAUGAUGAAGGUAACAGCGAUGACAGCGAUGGCUCCUCCCUGCUUCUAUCUCCCGAUCACCACGAGACUUCCCCCUCUCCAUGUUUUGUUACUUUUGUACGACUGUGAUCCAUUUAUAACUCGUCCUCCUCUCCUUCUCCUCGUCUUUCCUGAAAAAAACCCUGCUGUGUCUUCCCAUCUCAUCGGUGCUCAUCCUUACCGGCCCGACGUUUAAGUUUCUAUUUGCUUCAUCGGCUGGGUGUUGCCCCUCCCUGUAGCAAGCAAACAGUGUGUCAAAGAAGCACUUGUGUGUUGCCAAAAAAUCCUUUCAAAGAACAUGUGCAUGACUUUAUAGUGGCUUUACAAGGCUACAUACUGUAGGAGGACGUGCUGAAGCGUGCGUGACCGUACAUGCGAGUGUGUGUGCGUAGCUUGAAGAGCAUGUGUGUGUGUGUGUGUGUGUCAGGGUGUGUAUAUAAUUGUGAGCGAGAGAGCGCGCGUGUGUGUAUAUACAUCAUUCUUGUAUAAUUAAUGUAUCACAGUGAAGCAUUUUAUCGAUACCAACUGGAGGGCCUCUUACACACACACCCCCCCUCCUGCUGAUUUUGAACUCUUGACCAAUCCUAUUUCACAUCAAGACCAAAACCUCUGCCCCGCGAACCUGCCACUGGCGAUGGAACUUGUUGCCAUGGAGUUUGUCAUAGCAACCGAACUCUUGACUGCAGAGCCAGAGAUCAUACGAAACCUCAGAACUUUUCUGCAACCCCCCCGAGAUCCUUGUACAUAUCGACCUCAAGUGUUCUGAUUGUCUUGUAUUGCUAUUGAAGUUCAAGUAAACAUGUGAAAUAAA